AUGCAGCACCGACGGGCGGCCCUCGCAGGCCCUGGGGGCAGCACAGCCGUGCUGGCAACGGCGCUCGUGCUGCUGGCGGCGUUGCAGCCCGCCGCGGCGGCAGUGCCGCCGCCGCCCUUUCCCUCUCCGCAGCUGCAGGCGCCGUCGCCCGUGUAUGCCCCCGGGCGAGUGAUUGUGAAGCUCCGCUCCGGCGUGCCGACGGCAGGGACGGCAGCGGCCCGCGGCGCCGCCCAGCUGUCGGCCGGCCUGCACGGCGUGGCGCUGGCCCAGCGGUUGGCGGGUGCUGGCAGCGACAGCGGCGGCGGCGGCGGCGGCGGCGGCGGUGGCGCCUCUGCCUCCGCGCGCCGCCUGGCGGCCACGGCGGCCAGCACCGGCGGCGUCCCCGCCGUCUAUUCCAUCCUGGACGGCAGCAGCGUGGAGGGCAAGGCGGAGCAGCUUGCAGCGCUGGCAGAGGUGGAGUGGGCGAUCCCCGACCGCCUGGUCCACCUGCCCGAAUGGGAGGAGCGGGAGCUUGUGGCAGCCCCGCACGCCCCGCCAGACACGCCCUCCGCCACCACCACCACCACCACCACCACCACCACCGGCAGCGGUGGCAGCAGCAGCGGCAGCAGCAGCGGCGAUGGCGCAGCCGCCGCAGCCGCAGUGCUGCAGGCCGCGACGGGGUGCCGCCGCGGGCUGCGCCGCGCCGUGCCGCUGAAGGGGUGGAACACGGUGCCGAUUGUGGACGAUGCCGGCGGCCUCAUCCGCUUCCCGCAGGAGGGGGAGGCCGCCUUUUACGACUUUGACGACAGGCGCGCGCACGGCACCCUUGUGGCUGGUGUCCUGGCUGCCGCCACCAACAACGGGCGGGGCGUGGCGGGGCUGGCCUACCAGGCCUCGCUGCUGGUGUGCCGCGUCUUCAACGAGAGCCAAGCUCCCUUCGGCUCCGCCUCCGCCUUCUCCUCCGUGCGCCGCUGCGUGGACCUGUGCAUACAGGAGGGCGCGCGCGUCUUCUCAUACGGCCACAGCUACAACAACUGGUACUACUCCAACUGGGUGUACCCUGCGGGACUGUCGCACGCCAAGUACGGCAUGGAUCAUGUGAUCACGGUGGGAGCGGCGAUGGUCUCUGUCCCAGACAACGUGAUUGUGCGUUGGUCCGGCUCGGUCGGCGGCGCCGGCUCAAACAUCGGCAGCAGCGUGGUGCAGCUGAUGGCGCUGGGUGGCAGCACGCCGGGGCACAACGUCGCCACCACCUCUUACAACGCGACCUCCGACGAGCGAUACGUGGCGGCGUCGGGCACCAGCUUUGCCUGUCCCCAGGUGUCGGCCGCCGCGGCGCUGCUGUUUGCGGCGGCGGCGGCGCGCGGGCGGCCCGCCAGCUAUGCAGAGGUCAGGCAGGCCAUCCUUUCCACCACGGUACCUUACCAGGACCUGCUGCCGCCCUACACCAGCACUGGGGGGAUGCUCAACGCCGGCGUGGCGCUGGAGCUGCUUCUGUCCACACGACCCUGGCCGCCGCCCUCCCCGCCUCCACCCCCACCCUCCCCACCCUCGCCGCCACCCUCGCCGCCGCUCGUGGGCGACGCGCCGCCGCCCGCGCCGCCUCCGCCGGCGCCACCUCCCGACGGGCUCGAGCGCCGCCGCGGCGAGGUGCGCCUGUUUGGCACCGCCGGCGCCAGCUGGCACGCUUUCCUCGACCCCUUCAACCAGCCCCAGGUCAGGAGCAAGGAGGAGUGCACCACAAUGUGCAAGGAGGACCCGCGCUGCGCCCGCUACCUGUACAUCACUUAUCCGGAGGAUUCCAUGCCGCUCUACAUCUAUGUCGAAUGCGGCGCCGCCGCCCUCGUGCCGCCCACCUGCCUGCUGUGGAGCGGCGAUGCAGCAGAGUGUGCCGCCGCCGAGGGCGAGGAGGAGGCUGAGGGCCCCGCCUGCCCCUGCACCAGCAACACGCAGGCGGCAGACCUUCGAUGGGUCGAGUCUGGGACGGUCGUCCGGCCUCCGCCCCCGGCGCCGCCCUCGCUGCCUCCGCUCCCGCCGCCGCCGCUCCUGCCGCCGCCGCGUCCGCCGCCGCCGCAGUUUGGCAGCCAGGGGAGGCGCCAGAUGCAGCAGGCGCCCGCCUCCCGCCAGCUGCGCAAGGCGGCGGCGGCCGCCACCGCCGCCGAGGUGGCGACCCUGCCCGGCGCCGCAGCCGGCGGCUAUCUCGACGCCUACCCCGCAGUCAAGAGCCUGCUGCAGCGCUUCAAGGAGCGUGGCACAGAGCAGUUCCCGCUGGCGGUACUGAACGAGUACGCUACGAGGCUGUCGCUGCAGGUGGAGUUUCGGGUGGAGCAGGUCAGCCUGAUGGGGGGCUUUAGGGUGGAGGCUCGCCUGGCUAGCAAGAAGGAUGGGGAGACGGUUGAACCAGGGGAGGGGCGCGCGCGCAACAAGCAGGCGGGGAAACAGGGGCGGUACGGCGCUGUCUCCAUCUGCCCCUCCGAGCCGCAGUACCGCCCGCCCUCCCUGCAGCAGCAGCUGAGCACCUUCCACGCAGCUUCCCUGCCCAACGCCGACAAGCAGUUCACGUCCUCGGGCGCGGUACGGUCGGGGCCGCGGCAGCCGGCGCCGGCACCCGGCGCGAUCAGGGCAGGCCCCGCCGACGGCGCUGCCGCGGCGGCUGCGGCAGAGGCGGCAACGGGGCCCGGCCCGCGUGCCAGCAGCGGCCCUGUUGUCGACGACGGCGACGGUGGCACCCCCCGCGGCCUCGGCUGGGGCGGCGGGGCUGCUGCAGCAGCGGCGGGGCCUGCCUCUGGAGCGGGUGCCGGCGGCCUGGCGGGCCGAUGGCAGCCGCGAGAGUAUCAGCCGCCGCCGGCGGAGGAGCGGCAGCCGGCGUCUGCGCAGCAGCAGCAGGCGGGGCCCCGGCUGCCGCCGCCUCGUGGCGGCGGCGGCGAUGCUCGAGGCGGGGACCGGAGCCUCAGGAGAGGAGGGCGCCGCAGCCGCAGCCGCAGCCGCAGCCGCAGCAGGAAGCGGCGGCGUGACCGGCGCAGCCGCAGCCGCAGCCGCGACGUGCGCAGCAGAGAGCGAGCGUGCAGCCGUCGCAGCCGCAGCCGCAGCAGGAGGCGUAGCGAUGGGCAGCGGGAGAGCCCGCGCCGCAGCGUGCACGGCAGCCGCGAUCACAGACAGAAAGGUCGUGGGGAGGGCGAGGAGGAGGAGGAGCGGGAGCUCCGGCGGCACAGCCGGCGCCACAGCGAGCACCACCACCGCCACAGGCGUGAGCCGGGGAGCGAGGGCGAGCGUGACGGCGGCAGCAGGCGGCGGCGUGAGGAGCAGGGCGACGGCGGGGGCGGUGCGCCCGGCGACGACUGA